AUGCAAAUGCUCCCGUUAAACGCUAUUGGUGAACUUUUCUUGAAUGGUGAUUGUUUAUCAAGAGGUUAUCUAAAUCGACCUGAACUAACUGCUGAACGAUUUUUAUCAAAUCCAUUCCAAACGGAUGAGGAAAAGAAAGGAGGGAAGAACGGACGUAUUUAUAAGACGGGCGAUUUAGUUCGUUGGCUACCAGAUGGUGAAUUGGAAUAUUUGGGUAGAAAUGAUCUUCAAGUAAAGAUCAGAGGACUGAGAAUUGAAUUGGGAGAAAUCGAAGCUGUUCUAUCUUCGCAUCCAGGAGUGAACCACUCUGUUGUUGUAGCUAAAGAAUACAAGAAAAAGAAUGUAGAUACAUCAUCAGCAAAAUAUCUUGUUGGAUAUUAUGUUUCUGACAAUUGUAUUGGCGAGUCCGAUUUGAAGCAGUACAUGCAAACAAGAUUGCCUGACUACAUGAUACCAAAUCGUCUGAUUCCAAUCGAGAAGAUACCAGUGACUGUAACUGGUAAAUUGAAUGCAAAGGCAUUACCAGAUAUUGAUUUUUCUGUUGAUGAAAACGAUUAUUGUGCACCAAGGAAUGAAUUAGAAGUGAAACUUUGCGAAAUAUGGUCGCAUUUACUUGGAAUAGAGAAGAUUAGCAUAACUGAUGAUUUCUUUAGGCUUGGUGGUGAUAGUAUAGGCUCGUUACAAAUAUUCGAUUUUACAAUUUGUUUGGCACAAGAUAUUAAACGUUUAUGGCAACAGCAAUCAGACAAUUAUUGGGACGAUCGUGUCUGGUCGUAA